AUGGAUCCUGAAAACACGACUUCUUCUUUUCACGUCUUGGAGACCGCGGAAGGAACGGAAGCAGUCGUAAGCGUACCAUCAGACCCUCCACCAGUACAUGACCCGUAUUCGUCAAUACCAACCAGUCCGUUUUGGGAUCCGACCAACCCAGAUCAUGAACCAACCAGCCCGGUCAGCCCGACCUAUGAACCAAUCAGCCCGAGGUUCCAACCAGUAGACAUAAAAUGUCUAACCUGCUGUACACAACUUCCAAAAGAGGACGAUCCGAAGUAUGCAAAGGAGGUGAUCAAGCCUUGCAGGUUAUGCAACAACUCAUUCUGCACUGCUUGCGUCAAAUCCAUGUUCAUCGAAGCAUGCAAGGACACCUCUCGUAUGCCGCCGCGCUGCUGUGUUCAGAUCAAUCUCCAUCAUGCACGACCGCUUCUGACGGAAGACGAGGUGGCAGAAUACAAGUCCAAAUAUGAGGAGUGGUCCACAGCGAAGCCAUUCUACUGCCCGGCACCAAAAUGCUCCGUGUUUAUACCAGAUAGACUCGUACCACAGAGCGCGAAGAAUAAAGGGAAGCUGCGCGUGGAUUCUGGCGUCGGUACACCAACAUCGAACACAUUCGCGUGCCCAAAGUGCGAAACAGAUAUUUGCACAGAUUGUCGACAAACUGCACACGCGAAUAGUUUAUGCGUCAAACUUGAGUUCGGCAUUGAUACCGAAAUGGCGAAACUACUAGAGAGUUGGGGAUACAAAAGAUGUCCUAAAUGCGGCCAGGGAUUGAAAAGAAUGCACGGCUGCAAUCAUAUGGAGUGUAGGUGUGGCGCACAUUUCUGCUGGGGUUGCUUGGAGAGUAGAGACGAUUGUGUGGGAGGAUGCGCUGAGGACGAGGAUGACGAAGACUACAAUAGCGACGAACAAGAAGAGUCAAAUGAGCCCGAAUCAACUACGCAGACUGCCGACACAGCAACCCUAACCACUACACAACCUGACGACACAGCAAACACUCAGGUACCAUCAGCUGAGGCUUCAGAGUCAACAACGCCGCCCCGGCUCAUCGCCCGCUCUGUGAAUCUCGAUGGCAGAGGAGCGAAUUAUUGGAUAAAUCAAGACCUCAACUUUGGCGACGAGCCGACCGAAGACAUCCAAGACCGCUCCUGGGACUGCAGACACAACUUCUCCGUUUACCAAGUGCCCUUCGCUGCCGCCUUGAACAAGACACCCUCCGCCAUCACCAUAGAGUGCGAGAAGUGCUGGUGCACAAUUCAUCCAGAGAUCCGGGCGCCUAUACCAGUGUCCACGAGUGGCGAGAGGAUAGUAUCCGGGAACAGAAGCAGGGGACGUGGCCGCGGACGAGGAAGGGCACGAUUCGCACCUCUCCGCGGUCUAUACCGAGCCGACGCCACAAUCAGCGAAACAUCCACGCCCACCCUGGCCCAGAGCGUACCAGCCCGCGAACCGUCGCCGAUGCAGGACAUCCAGUACACCAACCGUAUCCUCGACACAUACGGGAACAUCAUCACAACAAGCAGCACUGAGGCCCCGCGUCGCACUUCCCUCGACGACCCACAUCCUCUCGUGCAGGCUGAGAAAAAGACUCCCGGCGACUUUGCAUUUUCCUCCUCCACUUCUUCUUCUGCUGCGCCACAGUUCAGUCUCGCGCACGAGUGCAAACGCUGCAGGACCCUUGUGUGCGAGACGUGUAAAGCGGAUCUUGAGCGGGUAAGGGAUGAGAGGGUGGAGCGGGAGGUAAAGGAGAGGGAGGAGCGUGAGGCAGCGAGAGACCGACAUUACGCUCUCUUGACUCGAUAG